CAUAAUUCAGAAUAUCAUUGUCGUUUGUUUGUGGCGGUUUGCUUCCUCAGUCAGUUGGGUUUUUUCCGCUAAAAUAGAUGGAGACAACCGGAUAGAAGGCUAAGACCUAGCAGUAGCAUAGUUAGCAUUGUAACACUCGCACGUGCUGUAGAAGACGGGCAGGGAAAAGAAAGGUGGGGGCAGGCGGGUUUUUUUCUCCUUUGUUUCUUAACAGCAAAGCUAAGUAAGAGGAGAUACACGAGUGAGUCACACAGACCGCAAACACUUAAAAAUACGAGCAACCUGAACCAAGAUACUGGUUCUGCUGCCCCGUGUUGAUUGUCCACCAGGAAAUGCCAGCUAUCAGCUAGCUAGCUAGAAUCUCAUAGCGCUGCAGCAACGCAAGGUCCUCUGGUGAAACAAUUGGUGAGCAUGGCGUUCUGAAUGUUGUUUGGGCUAUUUAGUCCGGUGUCAGUCUAAUCUUUCUCUCGAGACGAAAAAAUAUAACACUCCCAACCUCAUUUUGGUUUAAGACCAUCAAUGGUAACUCUUAAAUUAAUUUUACAAACACAAAAAUAAUUUCAACAUAACAAUGCUUGUUAUUUUACAAAAUGCAGCGUUUCUCAUACCCUGAUAGGGCAAUGUUAAACUGUUGUUCUCAUGUUUUAAUAUAAUUACAAAUGUAAAACAAAUCUUUCUAUUUUAUAACCACAAAUCUGUUUAAUAUGUCAUUACAGGACAUCCCUGCUUGGAAAAGCAUCCUCAAGCUUGAAGGCUGUUAGGCACAUGUCCAUUUAUUUAUGAUGCUUGCAUAUUGUGACAUGAAUGUGGAAGUGUAAAGAGUGUGAUGCACAAGUAACUACAAGGUCUCUGCUAUUGAAYCACUAUAGGUUAAAUCAUGGCCACUUUGGCCGCAGACACCCUUAUCCAUGCACAUAUUUAAAAUGUCCAUGUACUUUUAAAACUUGGAACGCUCUUCGAAGUCACCUAUGUAGAUCACAUGUUGAUCAUACAUCYCAGAGAUCAGUAGAUUCCACAACAUUUAGCUGCCAUCAUUGUUCACGCAGUGGCAUUGCCUCAUUAAGAGAACUUUURAUUCAUAUUAACAGCCAUCUUAAGAAACACGAAACCAUCUACUGUGUGUUUAAUAAUUGUUCCUUUCAAACAAAUYUAUAUGGAACAUAUCAAACUCAUAAAAAUAGAAAGCACAGUACUUUUACACUUGAUGAUUUCAAAGAAGGAAUUGUGAUAAGGGACUCUAAUGUAGACUCACUAAAUUGUUCUUCCAGAGAUCCACAUUUGACACAAAGUGAUGAGUUUCUUUAUGAUUCUGAUCGUGAAGAUGACGUGUUAGUGGUAGAAAAAGAGGACUUGCACAAAGUUGUGGAGCAGAAAUUAGCAUUAAUUUUAUUAAAAUUAGAAAAUUGUUUCCACGUACCAAGCGCUGCUGUUGAUCAGCUAUUAAGUGAGUUACACUAUUUAUUAGGUUCUGCUCUGGUGCCUGUAUCUCACAACAUUCUUGUAGAUUUCUUCAAUAAUCAUAACCUGCAACUUGAUCAGUUGCUCAUCAAAGAGUUAGGCUGUGCACUUGGUUCAUCUAACCCUUUCUCAAAGGCUUUAGGAAAGGAUGGAUUAUUAGCCACAUCCUUUAAAAGGAAGCAGUACUACAAACAUAAUUUCAAUAUUGUUGAUCCAGUUCAGUACAUACUUGAUGCUAAGGCUAAAAGAAGUUUUCAGUAUGUUCCGUUGCUGAAGAUCCUGCAUCAGCUACUUAAUCAAACAAAUGUGUUCAUCAAGGUUGAAGAAAGGAGAAGACAGCAGCAGAUAGUGAGUGACCACCUAAAGUACAGAUUUUUUGAAGAUGGUCAGUAUUACAAGAAUAAUUAUUUUCUUUCAGGUGAGGAGUUGAGAAUCUCAGUCUGUCUUUAUGUAGACGACU